AAUUCCUAUCUAGAAUCUUGAACAAUUCCUUAAAAAAUCUUUCUUUUUGGUAUUUCUUGAAUAAAAAUCCAAUCUUUUUGUGUAUCACUUUCAUGGUGUCUUUAGUAUCUUCAACUUAGAUUCUAAUCUUUCUUGAAUCUCCAUCUGGGGUUGUUGUUUUCUUGAUUCUUGAUUUCUGGAUCUGUUGAGAUAAAUGGGUGUUUGUUUGAGCAAAAGUAAACCAGCAGAGUCUAAGUCUGAUGGGCAUUAUAGAUCAGGUGGGAGUGAUGGGGGUGGAGUUGGGGGUAAAGGGCAUAAUCAUGGAACCCAUCAAGCUCAAAUUCAGUAUACUAAAUCUCCAGGCCCAGAAACUCAAUUACCCUUGAGACCUCAAGCAAGUCCUAAACCAGUUUUCAAGCAAGAAACCAUUUUGGGUAAGGCAUUUGAGGAUGUUAAGGCACACUAUACACUAGGUAAAGAAUUGGGUAGAGGUCAAUUUGGGGUUACAUUUCUUUGUACUGAAAUAGCUACUGGUCAUCAAUAUGCUUGUAAGUCAAUAUCAAAGAAGAAACUUGUUACUAAAUCUGAUAAAGCUGAUAUGAGAAGAGAGAUUCAGAUUAUGCAGCAUUUAAGUGGACAACCAAAUAUUGUUGCAUUUAAAGGUGCUUAUGAGGAUAAGAAUUCAGUGUGUCUUGUUAUGGAGUUGUGUGCUGGUGGAGAGUUAUUUGAUAGGAUCAUAGCUAAGGGGCAUUAUACUGAAAGAGCUGCUGCAUCAAUGUGUAGAGCUAUUGUUAAUGUUGUACAUGUUUGCCAUUUUAUGGGUGUUAUGCAUCGUGAUCUUAAGCCUGAGAACUUUCUCUUGUCAGACAAGAGUGAAAAUGCUGCUUUGAAGGCAACAGAUUUUGGGCUGUCCAUGUUCAUUGAAGAAGGUAAGGUGUACAAGGAUAUAGUUGGGAGUGCUUACUAUGUUGCCCCUGAAGUCUUACGGAAGAGUUAUGGCAAGGAAAUAGAUGUUUGGAGUGCAGGUGUUAUGUUGUAUAUACUACUCAGUGGUGUGCCUCCCUUUUGGGCAGAAACUGAGAGAGGUAUAUUUGAUGCCAUAUUAAAAGAAGACAUUGACUUUGAAAGUCAACCUUGGCCCUCUAUCACAAGUAGUGCAAAGGACCUGGUCCGAAAGAUGCUCAAUAAAGACCCAAAGCAACGUAUUUCUGCUGCUCAAGUUCUUGAGCAUCCUUGGCUCAAGGUAGGUGGAGUAGCAUCAGAUAAACCAUUAGAUAAUGCUGUCCUCUCAAGAAUGAAGCAAUUCAGAGCUAUGAACAAACUCAAGAGACUUGCUUUAAAGGUCAUUGCUGAGAAUCUCUCAGCAGAUGAAAUUCUGGGGCUCAAAUCAAUGUUCCAUAACAUUGACACCGAUAAUAGUGGAACGAUCACGUAUGAAGAAUUGAAGAGCGGAUUGGCCAGACUUGGAUCAAAGCUCACAGAGGCGGAAGUAAAGCAAUUGAUGGAAGCUGCUGAUGUGGAUGGAAAUGGCUCGAUCGACUAUAUUGAGUUCAUCACUGCUACCAUGCAUAAACAUAGACUUGAAAGAGAUGAAAAUCUAUACAAAGCAUUUCAGUAUUUCGAUAAAGAUGGUAGCGGGUUCAUCACAAGAGAUGAACUCGAAACAUCUAUGGAAGAGCAUGGAAUAGGCGAUCCAGCUAGUAUAAGGGAGAUAAUAUCUGAAGUAGACGCUGAUAAUGAUGGAAGAAUCAACUAUGAGGAAUUUUGUACAAUGAUGAGAAGUGGAGCUAAACAACCAGGCAAGCUCUUCUAAUAACACGUGUCUCCUAGUCGUUGGAGGUAAAACUCGGGAGUGAUUCUUCAAUGAACUGUUGCGCUGCCCAUAUGACCGACAUCAAGUACAUGACCAACCUGAACUAGUUGGCGUUUUGAAGUUCUCCAGUUGAAACCUGUAAAUUGGUGAUUCCUGUUUCUAUAAUCUAUGUUCUCUGUGGUUCUUUUUCUCACAUGUUGAAUUGUCUACUCAGUGCACAGAGGAAAUGAGUGAACAUAGACUCUUUUACUAUUUGAAUAGAAACAAAUGACCUUGUAAAGAUAUCUUGUGUUAUUUUCAAAGUUUUUUUAUAUGUAAAAUAAAGAUCUCUCGUAAAAAGAAACUGAGAAUUUUUGCGCGAA